CAAAAGCCUCUUCUUGCUUUCUUUCCUCUUCCUCCUUCCCUCCCUCCCUCUCUCUUUAAUGAUCCCUUUUCCCCUCUUUCUUUCUCGGCUCUGGUAUUCCCUUAGUGUGAUUCUCCACCAUCUCUAAAGACCCAUCCAACUUUACAAAAGAAAAUAACAUAAAAAGAUAACCAACACCAUGGUUUUCUCUUCUAUUCCAGUCUAUUUAGAUCCUCCCAACUGGCAGCAGCAACAAAGUUAUCAUCAAACAAAUGAGAUCAGUGAGCCUCCGCUCCUGCCUCCACAAGCGCCUCAUAUGGUCUCAAUCAGGCCUGGAUCGAUGGCGGAUCGAGCCCGGCUUGCAAAGAUACCACCGCCGGAGGCAGCUCUAAAGUGUCCUCGCUGUGAAUCUACCAACACGAAAUUCUGCUACUUCAACAACUACAGCCUGUCUCAACCCAGGCACUUCUGCAAGACCUGUAGGCGUUACUGGACAAGAGGAGGCGCUCUCAGGAACGUUCCGGUUGGCGGAGGAUGCCGCAGAAACAAGAAGACCAAGAGAAGCCGCUCCAAGUCUCCGGCAGCCUCCGACAAACAGCCACCGUCUAACCCCUCAUCAGGCGGGGCCGCCAUAGCCACCGAGCUGAUUGGUCAUAUGCCGCCCCAAGCAUCUAAUUUACAAUUCAUGGCGUCCUUACAGAAUCUGAGUCGCUAUGGCGUGGGAAGCAUGGGCCUCAACUUGCAAGGACAGAGUGAUCACAUGUUUCCCAUUGGACUUAAUGGAAGUGAUAUUUCGAGCGGAGGACUGGAUCAGUGGCGGUUAAAGCAGUUUACUUUCUUGAAUGGUUUUGAUCAGUCAAGUUCAGCUGCUUCUGCUUCAAACCCAUUUCAAAGCGAACUUGGGAAUUCUAGGGUUACGCAGCUGCCGCCAGUUAAGUUGGAAGACAAUGGAGCGCUAAAUUUGUCCAGGUCGCAAGCUCGGAGUAUAUCAGAAAAUAACAACCAAUACUACUCAUGGACUCCAACCACAGAUAUUAUAUCAGGCCUUGCCUCUUCUUCCACGACCCAUGUGUUGUAAUUUCCAAAUCAAUUAAUUGUUAUUGCACCACCAUCUGUAGUGCAUCGGAGAAAUUCAAGUUCCCGGAUGGUGUAGAUGCUCAGCCCAACUUCCCCAGGCCUAGUCCCAGAUAUGGUCAGAAUUCGAUACAUAGAUAUAUAUAUAUAUAUAUACACAGCCAUAUAUAGACAUAUGGACGUAUUGUUGUCUUUGUUAAUGUUUUGGAUAUCGUGUUUCUUGUGUACUAUAUGAGCUUGCUUUGUAUAAUUGUGUGUGCAUGUACGAUGCGUUAUGUUUUCUGUAUGCUAUCUGGCGUUAUGACCUCAUCUCAAUACAAAAUCUUCGGAGGGAGGUUACGUAGCUAAA